AUGUGGUGCCAGCUCUUGCUUUCAGUCCACCGGUCGAGUAAGACAACAGCAGCAACAAUUUUGGCUCAGUUGGGAAGUAGUAGGACAGAGACAGCAGCUGCACUUCGACAAUCAGGUAAGGAGGACGUUGCUGCCAGAAUAAUGGACUUCUCACAACAAGGCCCAAGGCCAGUGUGCAUCAUUUCAGCAACUGGAGUUGUUUCUACAACAACCCUUCUCCAAGAUUCAGAGUCUGGUGGUGUGGGUAUAUAUGAGGGUCGAUUUGAGAUCCUAUGUCUUUCCGGAUCGUCCUUGGUGCUAGAUGGUGGCACACAGACCCGAAGCAGAGGAAUCAACAAGACCUCUGCUUGUUGUGUUGGUGUUGGUGCAGUACUAUAG